CCCUCGAGCAUACGACUAAUCUCUGUACUAGUUACGCACGCCAUAACAACCACGUUUUCAACACCAACCACGUCCCAGUAUAACACCUGCCCAGCAUCACUCAAGAGCUGUCUCAGCCCGCCAUCCCCCGUAGCAUGAGCUCGCAAUCUUCGAAGCCCCGUCGCACCUCCACCAACCUCGACCCAUACGCUGCACCGCAUGUCUACUACGGCGCCAGCCACUCGCGGAACCAUGUCAGAGCAAGGACCUACUCAGCUAACGUAGAGAAUACUGCCCGCAAUGCUCUUCCGACCGAGGGCGUGUCCCAAGGGCGUCGCAUCAGCCAUGACGAGGCUUCCGUGCAGCCGCGCCGCUUCCUGAUCCAAGUCGAGGCUACACUCAAGACGCUCCUCUCCCGCGAGGACUCGGACGGCAACUGUCAGAUCACAAUCGACGAUAAGGGUCCCAAGGUCAUCUCACUCGGCACCCUCGGUUCGAAUGCAUACAACAAGUUUGAUGUCCGAGGCAACUACAUGCUCUCGAACCUGCUCCAAGAGCUCACCCUCGCCCAAGAUUAUGGCCGCAAGACUAUUGUCCUUGACGAAGCGCGUCUGAACGAGAACCCCGUCAACCGCCUCUCUCGACUGAUUCAGUACUCGUUCUGGGACGGACUCACUCGCCGUAUCGACGGCUCGAAUAUCGAGAAGGUCGGACGCGAUCCGAAAGACUGGACAGACGACCCGCGUCCCCGUAUAUACAUUCCGCAUGGUGUUCAGGACCAGUAUGACUACUACACUCGCAUUGCCAACGAGCAUCCAGAGAUGCGUCUGGACGUCCAGUGGCUGGCCAAGGAUUGUGACAAUGAUGCAUAUGUGCGCGACUUGAACAAGGCGCCUGGCCUCCUCGCAAUCGCGAUGGAGGAACAUAUCGACCCUGUCACCAAGAAGAAGGACCUGCGAGGGCUGCCUUUUGUCGUUCCCGGCGGCCGUUUCAAUGAGCUCUACGGCUGGGACAGCUACAUGGAGUCGCUCGGCUUGCUGGUAAACGAUCGCGUGGAUCUGGUCAAAUCCAUGGUCAUUCACUUCUGUUUCUGCAUCAAACACUAUAACAAGAUCCUCAACGCGAAUCGGACAUACUACUUGUGCCGUUCUCAACCACCCUUUCUCACUGACAUGGCGUUGCGUGUCUACGAACGGAUCAAGCACGAGGAUGGUGCUUUGGAGUUUCUACGCCAAGCCAUCCUUGCCGCUAUCAAGGAAUACUACUCGGUGUGGAUGAGCCCGCCCCGGUACGACGCAACAACUGGUCUUUCCAAGUAUUCGCCAGGUGGUCUAGGCGUACCUCCCGAGACAGAAGCGUCUCAUUUCACAGUUGUCUUGACACCUUAUGCUAAGCAGCAUGGGAUGUCAUUUGACGAGUUUGUCGAAGCGUACAACAGCGGAGAGGUGCACGAACCUACGCUGGACGACUAUUUCCGACACGAUCGCGCUGUACGUGAAUCUGGCCAUGACACUUCCUACCGCCUCGAGAACGUUGCUGCCGAUCUCGCUGUUGUUGACAUCAAUGCACUUCUUUACAAAUACGAAGUCGACAUCGGUCGCUGCAUCCGCAACCACUUUGGAGAUAGACUCGAGAUCCCUGCCGAUUUCUGCACUGGUAAGAUGAAGCCCGGCCAGGUCGAAACUUCGGCUAUCUGGGAGCGUCGUGCAAGAUUGCGACGUACCAAUGUUGACAAGUACCUCUGGGACGAGGAAGCCGGUAUGUAUUUCGACUAUAACACCGUCCAGAAAGCACGCACUGGCUAUGAGAGCGCAACAACCUUUUGGCCAAUGUGGUCUGGUCUUGCGACACCUCGGCAGGCCCAAAUUCUCGUGGAAAAAGCCCUGCCCAAGCUCGAGGUCUUUGGCGGCCUUGUGUCUGGAACGGAGAAAUCUCGCGGCCACGUCAACCUCGAGCGUCCUAAUCGGCAGUGGGACUAUCCUUUUGGAUGGGCACCACAGCAAAUUCUGGCCUGGGUCGGUUUCCAGCGGUACGGGUAUGAUACUGAGGCUCAGCGACUGGCGUUUCGAUGGCUACACAUGGUCACCAAGGCCUUUGUUGAUUUCAAUGGUGUUGUCGUUGAAAAGUACGAUGUCACAAGAGAGAUCGAUCCUCACAAGGUUGAAGCCGAGUACGGUAAUCAGGGCAGCGACUUCAAGGGCGUUCCCCGCGAAGGCUUCGGAUGGGUUAACGCGAGUUAUAUCUAUGGACUCACGCUCCUCAGCGCCCACCAACGUCGUGCGCUCGGUGCUUUGACCGACUGGAACACAUACCAGAAGGCCAUGGACGCAUUAGACAUGGCAUGAGCACAUACAUCUCUCUUGGUUUGCGUUUGCGUUUACGACUUCAUGACUUGCCGUGUAUAUUGAUGCUAGACUGUGUUAGACGCUCGCAUGGCCGUUGGGGCGUUGCUUUUGGGAUCCCUUCAGUGGUGCACGGGAAAGGGGCACAUGGAGUACCUUUCCGAUGAGUUGUACGGGGUUGGUUUGUGUUGAUGAGGGCUGAACGGAUGGUGCCGUGUGGUACGGUUUAGGAAUAUUGUGAUGAACAGUUGACCUAUGAAUAAUGAAGAAUAUUGAUAUGCAUACGGUUUCAU